GCCUCACCCCUCCCUGUGGUUCCGCCCCGAGUUUGGUCAGACACGUGGCCCCCGGGGCCAGGGAGGGGCCCGGGGAGGUUCUGGGGGUGGUGGCAGCGUGGUGUCGCCACCUCGCCAACCCCAGUCCGGCCCGGCAUGAGCUCCGGAGUCGCCCUGCGGCUGCGGACACUCCAGCGACACCUGGGCUCCCCGGAGGUGUGGACACAAGGCAGCUUCCCUGUCCCUCUCGUGGCCCAGGGCAGAGGUAUGGAGCCGGGCAGCAGCCCGCUGACCACCCACGUACUGGACACUGCCUCAGGGCUUCCGGCUGAGGGCCUCUGCCUCCGUCUGUCCAGGCUCGAGGACCAUGGCCAGCAGUGGACCGAGCUGAGGAAAAGCUACACGGACCCUGACGGCCGCUGCCCUGGGCUCCUGCUGCCAGGCCAGAUGAAGGCGGGCACCUACAAGCUGUCCUUCGACACUGAGGGCUACUGGCAGAAGAGGGGCCAGGAGAGCUUCUACCCGUACGUGGAGGUCGUUUUCACCAUCACAAACGAGACCCACAAGUUCCACGUGCCGCUGCUGCUGAGCCCGUGGUCUUAUACCACGUACCGAGGGAGCUAGCGGCUGACCGGCAGCCGGCCUGCGAGCCCGGACCCGUCACCACGGCAGGCUGAGCCGCCCCCGACCAGCAGGGCAGGCUUGUUGCUCACGGGCACCAGGGUCACACUUCCCGGGGACGUUCUGGCCCCGAUUCCCCAGUGGCAGCUGUCACUCGGGCUUCAAUAAAG